AUGAUCACAUCUUCAUUUCCUUCAGCUCUGCCACUGCACCUGAUCUUCAGGCCAGCGGCCAAUCCCCUGCCUCUUCCAGACCAGCUUCUGACUCUAAGCAGCACAGUCUCCUUCUUUGCUACUCUAGCUAACAGUUCUUACAAAGCUUCUGAUAUUGUCAGUGUCUCCUGCACCAGCUCUCAAGAUUCUGUCACAACUAUACAUACUCUGAUAUUCAGCUUCUCUGAAGUCUGUGCAUUUCUGACAGCUUUUAUGUCAAAUGUUCUUAGUAAAGACUGCAUCAUUCUGACUUAUCAGAAUUCACAGUAUAAAAGUCAUGUCUUAGCUUCUGCAGAUAUCUUAUCUGUCUGA